AUGGCGUUGCAGGGGUCCAGCCAAAGACAUGUGUGUGUGUGUGUGUGCGUGUGUGUGCAGUCGGGGUGCGUGGGCAUGGCGCGCUUGUGCGAGGGAGGGAGGGCCAUGUUCUCGGACGGGGAGCCAUGCCAAGCAUGGUGGUUUGCUUUUUACGCGCGCUCCCGCGGGGUGCGUGUAUGCGGGAGAUUUGCGAUGGAUCCGUGCCAGAGCCAGUGCCAGCGUCCCCCUCGUGGCGGGCCUGAAACGCGGGUAAUGUGUGGUCUUUGGACCGUCGUCGUCUUAUGCCCGGGGGGCCUGUACGGGGUCCGAGGAAUAGACGCACACGCUCGCGCAACCAUAUUGGAGGAAAAUGGCUCCGUCGCGUCCCGGCGUGUGCAGGGCAAAGAACCCGAAAUUUUUAGAGUUUUGCUUCUCGGCGGAAUGAUGUCAUGCUCCGGGUACAGUACAGAGAAAGAGACAUUACGAAGCUUGGAGGUCGAGGCUAGACGUCGCUGUCGCCGCUGCUGCCCGUUGCUGUCGACUAUUGCGGCAAAACCUUGUUGGUUGCUUCGACGCACCCCCCUGAGGCAGAUCGGCCACAAGGGGAAAUGCCGCUUAUCAUGGGCCUCGCUGUACAAUCCAAAGGACCUGGCCGAUUGGACGCCGUGUGUCGGCGCGGCGAAGACACUUUCACAGUGCCUUUGCCUUUGA